AUGGGGAAACCACCCGAGCCUGCGGUUCAAGAGACGACUCCAUUCUCCUUGGCUAUGGAGGUGGAAGAAGAUAUCGAGCAAGAAAUCGAGAACUUCGUGCGGUUCAAGCGACGAGGCGAAUACUUGCAGGCACAGGAGCUUUUUCAGCAAACCCUCUCCAGACACCUCACAUUAUUUCCGGUCAUUGCCGAGUACGCAGAUUUACUUCUGGAACAAGGCAAGUUUCGAACUCUAUCAGAAUUUCUGGAUAUCCAAAUUCAAUACAUGGGGUCGAUGCUUGAAGAGGAAGAAGUAGAAUUGUUACGGAUCAUGAGAUCCCUUGUCCGAAUUCAUAUGAUGGGAGCUUUACGCCCAGCUCUCGAGCAAGCUGAAAUAACUUGGAGUUUUCUCUGUCGUCGGAGAUUCGAGGUGUCUCCUGGUACACUUCCCGGCGAUGUGGAGGUAGGAUCUAGUGAUGUUUCAUAUUAUUGA